UGUUGUUGGCCAGACACUGGUCACAUCACGCUAAAUCCGCAGGUAUAAUGGCAGUGUCCUUGCUUCUGUGUAUCCUACUUCUGCCAGGAUGUCUUAUUGGCCAAAGUUUGUCCGCAACAAAACCAGAUGGCAGCAAUCAUACGUACCUAUCUAGCAUCCUCAGUCACAUGACCAUGCUGGAGCAGACAGUGACGAGUCUUCAGACAAGUAACGGUCAGCUUAAGGCGGAUCUACUCUCAAUGAAGAACGAUCUACAGACUGAACUUCGGUCUACAAAGACAGAUCUACAGACCACUCAGUCAGAGCUGUGGACCAGCAAGAUACAACAACAGGCAGUCACUGCUGAACUUUCCUCUCUGAAAGAUGACAUGGCUGCUCUCAAUGCAACGCUACUCGCGUCAUCAAAAGAACUUAGCGUAGUAAAGUCAGAACUAACUAAAACCAAAUCAGUCUUGGCCUCCAGGGAUGUUGCGUUCCAUGUAUACAAGCCAACAAACCCAGCAGCCGCCACGACCUUGACCUUCCGCACCGUCCUCUACAACGCUGGCUCCGGCUACAACAGCACUACAGGGGUGUUCACAGCACCGGUCAACGGAUCCUACAUGUUCUGGACGCAGAUGCAGAUAUUUGAGUUAAGCAGUUAUAUCAACGUCUUCAUCAAGAAGUCCGGAAACGUCAUAAUUGGAGCUGGUGUCGCACAUGCCGACGCCACGUUCAGUAACACCGGCGCUGCAUCUGCUGUAGUCGUCGCCCACUUCAACAAGGACGAGGAGGUGUGGGUGGAGACUGAUAGCCCACAUAUAUAUCGGUCUUAUGCAUCGUAUUUCGGCGGCGCCCUCCUGUCUGCGUCUGAUGACUAACAACGCCGUUAUCAUGAUUAGACCAGCUUCUGCCUGGUCCAAACUUUACCGGUAGCUGUGGGACAGCAGGAACAAUACUGACGGCAUCUUCAAAACAUUCACUCAAUGUAUUUGUUUGUGUUUUCCGUUUUGUUUAUGUAAAAAAUAUACUAGAGCAGCCGCUUCAGUUUAAAUAAAACAAGACUGCGUAAAGUGUU